GCGCCGAUCCCGCUCGUCGAGGUCGACGACGACAGCAAGUUUAGUGUUAAUCCCGAGGCGCGCGAGAUCCUCGAGGGCCUGCGCGGCAAGGUCUGCGUCGUGUCCGUCGCGGGCCUGUACCGCACGGGCAAGUCGUCGCUCGUCAACUUCCUCCUCGACGCCGACGCCGGCUUCACCGUGGGCCCCACGGUGCGGCGCUGCACGCGCGGCAUCUGGUUCUGGGGGUCGCCGCGGCGCGCGAAGCUCCCGAGCGGCGAGCCGUGCUGGGUCGUCGUCCUCGACACGGAGGGCCUCGGCGGCCUCGAGGCGGACCAGCACUACGACACGCGCAUCUUCUCCCUGGCGACGCUCCUGUGCAGCACGCUCGUCUACAACUCCCUGGGCUCCAUCGACGAGGGCGCGAUCUCCAAUUUGUCCUUCGUCGCGAACCUGAGCCAGCACAUCCGCGUGUCCGACGACGGCGGCGACGGCGACCUGGACGCCCACGAGUACCACAAGUUCUUCCCGUCCUUCGUCUGGGUCGUGCGCGACUUCGCGCUGGACCUCGUGGACGACUACGGCACCGCGAUCUCCGCCGACGACUACCUGGAACGCGCGCUCGCGACGCAGGUCGGCUUCGACCCGGCGACGACGGAGCGGAACCGCGUGCGCCACUGUAUGAUGACGGCCUUCUUCACGGAGCGCAAGUGCUUCCCGCUCGUGCGGCCCCUCCUCGACGAGUCGAAGCUGCAGGAGAUCGACAAGGUC